GUCCGCAUGGCGGCAUGCGUAGAUGCGCGCACCUAGUGUCCACUCGCUCGGCUUGGUCAAAGAAGCAAAAAGCAGCCAUCGCAUGCAGCCCAGCGCACCCCUUUCCACAGCCCCGCGCUUUUUUCCUUUUUUUUCUCUUCCAUCCCGAGCACGCAUGCAGUCCCCAUGGCCAUGCAGGAUUAGCUUGCGCAUGCCCCGCUUCAAGCCACGCCCACGUCCUGCAAACCGCGCGGAUGCGCGCCUGCACCGGGUCCCACUUGCCAGUCAACAUUAUCAGCUACUGUUUCUCUUCCUCGUCCAACCGCCCGUCGACCUGCACCUUUCCUAUCUUCUCCUAUACAGUCCAUAUUUCUCUCCCACAUCUUUUUCUCCCGUUGGUUGCAGGCGUCGAUUAGCCAGAACUGCCCCGUGUCCACCUGGCUCCUGCCCCAGGCGGCGCUGCAGCCCAGCGAGGCGACCAGCGCCCGCGCGAGGUGAGCCGCGGCCGAGCCCCUGGCGCCUGGCGGCCCUGUCCCCUGGCCAGCCACGGCGCGACGCCCAUCCUCACCCCUGCGUGCGGCCAGCCCCGACGGCGCUGCAUGGAAACGCGGCGCGGCAGCCGGUCGGCCGGCCAGCGAGCCUGCGCGCCCCCGUCCGCGCCAGCGUCCAAGCUCGCCUCGCCGGAGUCGUCGUUCGUCACCGUGACUGCGAUCCAUUUCCGAGGUUCGAAGAAUCGACAGUCAAGCUUGGCGACCAAGGGAUCGAACUCUUCGAGUUCUACGAGGCUGAAGAUCCUGAGCAUCUGUUUGGUGAAGGCAAGUGUCCUCUGAUCCAUUAUGUCCCAUUCACUUUUAAUGCACUGUCCCGCAUUACUUAAUUGAAACCUAAGGAUUGACUAGCUUUCCAUUUACCUUAUCCUUGUUUACCUUUUGGGUUAUCAUGGUUAGCAUUAUGCUAUUGCUUUACUUGAAUCAAUGAACAUGAUGUGAAUACUUAUGAUACUAAAAUGUUAUCCCGAUGAUGUUCCUGUGAUACUUUAGGGGGCUCAGGCUGUUUCCUGAGUGCCUCUCCGUAAGGACCUGUUUGGGGAGUGACAACCCGGGAUAACAGUGCAACCAUGAGGGUGAAAUGGGGCGCCCUUAGCUAAUUAAUUAGAGGAACUAGAGGUGUAGUUGCUUCGCCAUUGUGCCGUCAAUGGGGUCCAGGCACAGUGCUUGCUCUGCCGAGGCUGGGUGCCGAGGUUCUUUCGUUUUGCUUUUGUUAGUCAUCCUCCUGCGGGGAGAGGUACUGUGUUUAUCAAACUGGAGAAACCUAACGGGCGGCUAUGACCUCUAGGGAAUCUUUGUAAAAGCUACGUAGUGAUACCCUGCCGGACCACCUAGGAAGUGAUCAAUGGGGAGUCAUGAUCCCUGGGCAAAACGGGAAUCACGACUCAUGGGUAAAGUGUGCGACCUCUGCAGAGGGUAUCGAAACUGAUAUAUCAGCCGUGCUCACGGUUAAGAGCAGCCUUGGGAUCCUCUUUGAUUAGAGAUACUUUGACCAGAGAUGGUUGGUUUGCAGGUGGUGAUGAGGAUGAUGGUUUUUUUAUUAUGAUUAUGGUAAUGGUAAGUGGUAUUCUUUCCGUUUGGAAAGGGUACUUUGGGUUAAGAACUUGGGUUAAUGCUAAAACCUGGCUUUCUACUAGUAAUAAUAACCUGACCAACUAAAAGCAACUGCUUGACUUAACCCCACAUAAAGCUAGUCCACUACAGCCAAACGGGACAUUUGCUGAGUACGUUGAUGUGUACUCACCCUUGCUUUCACAAAACACCAGGUUGCCUUUGGUGCAAUCUAUGCUCAGGUAAAGAAGAAGUCGUCGAGGCGGAUCUCCAGGAGUUCUAGGACUUCGACGAGUUCGAGGAUUAGGCUAGCGACCUCCCCCAGUCAGUUGCCUGUGGUGGGUUGUUUACGUUGGCUACGUUUCGAUUCUGUGUACUUUGAUUUAUAUUAUGUAAAUGG